CACUGAUACACGUCAAAUUAUGUAUUUAUUUAUUUAUUGAGAACAUUCGUCUCAACUCCUAUUUAUUUGUGUUUAUUGUUAUCCUCAAUUGCGCUUACUUUUGCACGUGGGCCUCUUUCAGUCAGAGACAAAGGGAAAUGAGGCAACUCAUUCAUAACUAAUUCUCAGCCACAUAAAGAAAAAUCAAUUUGCUGAGGUUUUCUGAGCAAAUAUUUCCCCACAGAGACAGAAAAGAAAGAGACGAGAGCGCUGGUUGGUAAAAGGCACAUUUUUCUCUUCUUAAAGCUUAAUUAUCACUUGAGGUCUAUAACGUCACAUUAACUCCAACUUAAUUACAAGGCCCUUAACGGAGGACUGUGGACGUGAUAGGUUUUGGGAAACAUUACAUUUUAGUCUGAGUGUCGUUAAGGCAAAAAGAAGCUGGAAAAAAGGGGCCUGUGUGGUUCUUAAAUGUGUCUUUGUUCUUUUAUGGGCAAUGAGGGCCACACAAGCUGUCUAUCUCUAAAAAGAGCGCAUGAUGGAUCACUGGAUUCACUGCGCUGCGCGUUUUCUCCUCCACCACCGUCUGAUUCAGAAGAGACUGUGUGCAGGAUUCACGUCGAGGCCAAAGAAAUAUUUAGGUUAUGCGUCAACGCACAAUUUGACCGAAACUAUUUUAGAGGCGCGCUUGGUUCGGCGGACAAUUAGGCGAAUUAAUGGCCAAUGAACAGGCGUCACCGUUAAAUCAGACAGGACUUAAAAUAAAAUGUAAUACUUAGAGCAAACAUCUUAUUAUUUUGAAUGUCCUUCAAACUUGGGCAAAAAAUAAUUGACCAGUUUGACGUAUUUUAGGCAGCAGUGAAGCAUCAUCUGCAUCCGACAAUGAAUAUUUAUAACCCGAGAUGAUGACUACUAUUGUUUUUAAUUGGCGUUAUUUUGUCAUUUGGAGCUGUUCUAACGCUGCGGCCCGAAAACGUGUCCUGAUGUUUGUGUUCUUAUCAGAUGGAUGAGCGAGUCUGAUUGAAGCAUUUGUCAUGUAAAUGCGAGCCGUUUGAUGGACGAGCCCGCAGACUUGACGGAGUGCUGUAGGUCUUUGGCCAUUGGCGUUCGGCGGGUCACAUGGUGUGUCAGGAAGGUGAUAUGAGGGUGGAAGGCACUUUUACAGCUUUGACAUACUACCUAGAAGGGCAAAGGGAGCACCGAUCAAUGACUGCUUAGUCUGUCUGAACAAACAGAAGGCCCGGCUCCAGGAUGAACUCCUACUUAGACUACCCCGUGUGCAACCGGGGGGCAAACGUCUUCAGUGCCAAGGCAGGAUACCACAACCUAAACCAUGCGUACAUGGCGCCCAACUCAUGUUCGACAAGUGAAACGUACGCACCGGACGGGCGCCUGGUGACUCCAACCUCUGCGUCACACCAGGCCCCGAGUCUCCCUCUGCACCACCAGGCGCACGUCAACCUGGAGCUGCAGUUUGCGUCCCCGGGGAACUCCGUGUACGCGUCACCUCUGGACUACGGACACCACCAGAACCAGUACGGCCUCGCGCCCGAGCAGGACCGGAGCUUCAUCCAUGCGCAGGUUCCGCCCCUCGGGACAAACAUGGGCCCCUACGCCGGGGAGAGCUGCGGGCCCGGGGCCGCAACGGGAAGUCAGUACGUGCAUUUUGGGAGCGGGGACCAGAGGCAGCAAGAAUAUUCAGACGGGAUUUACGCACGGUUGCCUCCACCGAGUAAGGAGAAAGAUUUGGACCACGUGGAGGAAACGUCUAAGACAUUCGACUGGAUGAAAGUGAAGAGGAAUCCUCCCAAAACAGCGGUGCUGACGGAGUUCGGGGUUCCGGCUCAGCACAACGCGAUCCGCACCAACUUCACCACCAAGCAGCUGACCGAGCUGGAGAAGGAGUUCCACUUCAACAAGUACCUGACGCGGGCGCGGCGCGUGGAGGUCGCCGCCAGCCUGGAGCUCAACGAGACGCAGGUCAAAAUCUGGUUCCAGAACCGCAGGAUGAAGCAGAAGAAGCGCGAGAAGCUGGGCUGCGUUUUAGGGAGCGCUCCGGCACCGGCGGAGAAACUGUGCAGCCCCGACACGUCUCCGAAGGCGAAGGGCAGAGACUGUGAACAAUGAUGCGACGUGGAGUAUGAUUCCAGACAAACACUCCUUGGACCGGAGGUGCACAGAAAUGCCGUCGUCUGCUCAUGAGCGUCGAAUCUGACUUUGGAUGCUGAGAAACUUUGAAACCUUUCACGUGUAUUUUGUAAUCUUCCAACGCCCAGUCCGUGUUUUAUGUGAGACCACUGAAAGCCUCAGUGUUAUUAUUUGCACUAUUUAUUUACAGGGUAUUUGCUGACAGUUGUUGAGA